AUGUGGGGGUACCCCUAUCAAUCCCUAUCUCGAGCCGAAUCCCGUGGAUUCCGUGGUUUUUCCGGCAGGUGCUCCAUCUGUGGCAAGAGGGGACACUUGCAGAAUGUCUGCACCUCCAAGGGCCCAGUGAAGACAACCAAGACUGAGAAGUGGUGGAAGAAAGAUGACACAGACACUUCCAAAGGCUGCACCCGAUGCGGUGGUGACAAGUGGCACAUGAAGCGCUUGUGUCCGGCCUUCGGGCACAGAUGCGAGCUCUGUAGCCACGAAAACCACUACGAGUUCAUGUGCGGCGCGAAGGCCAAGAAGGCCAAGGAGGCCAAGGAGGCCAAGGCAAAGGAGGCCUCCGGGGUCGGGGGAUGUGGGCAUCCCUGGCUGCCAACCUACCAUGAUGGGGGGGUUAUACAACAUUAUACAACAAACCAUUAG